AUGUCGAGCUCUAUCCCACCUCCCCCCCCAGGAUGGAAUUCUGGUCCGCCCUCAAUGGGUGCGCCCCCCUCAGGAGCUCCCCCGCCGCCUGGAUACCGGCCAGGCAACGCCCAUACAGCAAAGUUUGCGCAGAAGAAGAAGGAAUGGCUGCGCACGCAACGAAAUCGGUUCGGAGAGAAGAGAAAAGGAGGAUUCGUGGAGACGCAGAAGGCUGAUAUGCCCCCCGAGCAUCUGCGCAAGAUCGUGAAGGAUAUUGGAGACGUUUCACAGAAGAAGUUCAGCAGCGACAAACGCAGUUACCUCGGAGCUCUGAAAUAUAUGCCCCAUGCUGUCAUGAAGCUUUUGGAGAACAUGCCCAUGCCGUGGGAGUCUGCAAGAGAAGUUAAGGUGCUAUACCACGUCAAUGGAUGCCUGACACUGGUCAACGAGACCCCUCGAGUUAUCGAACCGGUAUUCCAUGCGCAAUGGGCGACCAUGUGGGUGUGUAUGAGGAGAGAAAAGAGCGACAGAAGACAUUUCAAACGAAUGCGAUUCCCACCUUUCGAUGACGAAGAGCCUCCUCUUUCCUGGUCAGAAAACAUCGAGGAUGUCGAACCAUCGGAGCCCAUCCAGAUGGAACUGGACGACGGCGAAGACGAAGCAGUAUUUGAGUGGUUUUACGAAAACAGACCUCUGCUCGAUACACCGCAUGUCAAUGGCCCCAGCUACAAGGAAUGGAACCUCACAUUACCCCAGAUGGCAACCCUCUACAGAUUGAGUCACCAGCUUCUUAGUGAUCUUGUUGACAAGAACUACUUCCAUAUGUUCGAGCUGAAUAGCUUCCAAACGGCAAAGGCUCUCAAUGUUGCGAUUCCUGGAGGACCUCGAUUUGAGCCCUUGUAUAAGGACGUUGAUCCAAACGACGAGGACUUUGGAGAGUUUAAUGCGAUCGACCGUAUCAUAUUCCGCGCGCCAAUUCGGACUGAAUACCGAGUGGCAUUUCCAUUUUUGUACAAUUCUUUGCCACGAAGCGUCAAAGUUUCUUGGUUUUCACACCCCCAGAUUGUCUACGUUCGCGCUGAGGACCCAAGCCUUCCAGCUUUCUACUUCGACCCGGUCAUCAACCCGAUUUCAUCCAGAUCAGUAGCACCCAAAAACAUCACAAUCAGCCACGAGGAUGAGCUGUUUGGAUUCGGCAGCAACGAGGAGCCCGAGGAGGAUGCGUUUGAGCUCCCAGAUGAUGUUGAGCCUUUCCUUGCAGACGAAACCCUUUACACUAACGAGACUGCUUCUGCGAUUGCCUUGUGGUGGGCUCCAUUUCCAUUCGAUCGACGAUCAGGAAAGAUGGUUAGAGCCCAGGAUGUACCACUAGUAAAGCAGUGGUACUUGGAGCAUUGCCCACAGGGCCAGCCAGUAAAGGUCCGAGUAUCCUACCAGAAGCUUCUCAAGACCUAUGUUCUUAAUGAGCUUCACAAGAAGAAGCCAAAAGCGCAGAACAAGCAAAGCUUGAUGAAGUCACUGAAGCAAACAAAAUUCUUCCAACAGACCACCAUCGACUGGGUUGAAGCUGGUCUUCAAGUUUGCCGGCAGGGUUUUAAUAUGCUCAACUUGUUGAUCCAUCGCAAGAAUUUGACAUAUUUACAUCUCGACUACAAUUUCAACUUGAAGCCUGUCAAGACUCUAACCACCAAGGAGCGGAAGAAGUCACGGUUUGGAAACGCAUUUCAUCUUAUGCGUGAAAUCUUGAAGCUGACAAAGCUGAUCGUGGAUGCGCAAGUGCAAUAUCGACUCAGUAACAUAGAUGCCUUCCAGCUUGCGGACGGUAUCUUGUAUGCCUUCAACCACGUCGGCCAGUUGACUGGGAUGUACCGUUACAAGUACAAGCUUAUGCACCAGAUCAGAUCUUGCAAGGAUUUGAAGCAUUUGAUCUACUACCGAUUCAAUUCCGGUCCAGUCGGUAAGGGUCCUGGAUGUGGUUUCUGGGCUCCGGCUUGGAGAGUCUGGCUAUUCUUUAUGCGUGGAAUCAUCCCAUUGCUAGAGAGAUGGCUUGGGAACCUACUUUCCCGACAGUUCGAGGGCAGACACAGCAAGGGUGUUGCCAAGACUGUAACCAAGCAGCGUGUUGAGUCACAUUUCGAUCUAGAACUUCGUGCUUCGGUUAUGGCCGAUAUGAUGGACAUGAUGCCCGAGGGUAUCAAGCAAAACAAGGUCAACACUGUUCUGCAACAUCUGUCGGAGGCCUGGAGAUGUUGGAAGAGUAACAUUCCCUGGAAGGUGCCGGGUCUUCCCGCCGCUGUCGAGAACAUAAUUCUCCGUUAUGUGAAGAGCAAAGCAGAUUGGUGGAUUUCCGUGGCACACUACAACAGAGAGCGUAUCCGCCGAGGUGCUACAGUCGAUAAGACAGUAGCAAAGAAGAACUUGGGACGUCUGACUCGGCUGUGGCUGAAGGCUGAGCAAGAACGACAGCACAACUACAUGAAGGAUGGUCCAUACGUAUCCUCCGAGGAAGCCGUGGCCAUUUACACCACCACGGUUCAUUGGCUCGAAUCUCGAAAAUUCUCGCCUAUCCCCUUUCCCAGUGUUUCCUACAAGCACGAUACCAAGAUUCUCAUCCUCGCCCUGGAACGCCUCAGAGAAGCAUAUUCCGUCAAAGGACGACUCAACCAAAGUCAGCGCGAAGAACUUGCUCUUAUUGAACAGGCCUACGACAGUCCAGGAACGACUUUGGAGAGAAUCAAAAGAUUCCUUCUCACCCAGAGAGCUUUCAAGGAAGUCGGCAUUGACAUGAACGACAACUACAGCACAAUCAACCCUGUCUACGACAUCGAGCCCGUUGAGAAGAUUAGCGAUGCCUACCUCGAUCAGUACCUGUGGUACCAAGCCGACCAACGCCACCUCUUCCCAGCGUGGAUCAAGCCCUCCGAUUCUGAAGUACCGCCUCUACUUACAUACAAGUGGGCUCAAGGAAUUAAUAACCUCGACAAAGUUUGGGAGACUGCGGACGGCGAGUGCAAUGUGAUGAUUGAGACACAGCUUUCAAAGGUCUACGAGAAGAUCGAUUUGACCCUUCUCAACCGUCUUUUGAGACUCAUCAUGGACCACAAUCUUGCUGACUACAUCUCCUCGAAGAACAACGUGCAGUUGACUUACAAGGACAUGAACCACGUCAACAGUUAUGGUAUGAUUCGAGGUCUUCAGUUCUCGGCUUUCGUAUUCCAAUACUAUGGUCUGGUUCUUGACCUUCUAUUGUUGGGCCUGCAGCGUGCGAGCGAGAUUGCGGGGCCACCUCAAAGCCCAAACGACUUCCUGCAAUUUCGAGACCGAGAGACCGAGACCAGGCAUCCCAUCCGAUUGUACACCAGAUACAUCGACCGCAUCUGGGUACUUUUCCGUUUCACUGCAGAAGAGUCGCGAGAUCUCAUCCAACGUUUCUUGACGGAACAGCCGGAUCCCAAUUUCGAGAAUGUUAUUGGCUAUCGAAACAAGAAAUGCUGGCCCAGAGAUUCACGUAUGCGCCUCAUGAGACACGACGUCAAUUUGGGCCGCGCUGUUUUCUGGGACAUGAAGAACAGACUGCCGAGAUCUGUCACUACGAUCGAGUGGGACGAUACUUUCGCCAGUGUCUAUAGCAGAGACAACCCUAACCUUCUGUUCUCCAUGUCUGGCUUCGAGGUCCGAAUCUUGCCCAAGAUCCGCAACCAGAAUGAUGAAUUCCCCGUCAAGGAUAGCGUCUGGUCUUUGGUUGACAACACCAGCAAGGAGAGAACCGCCCAUGCUUUCCUCCAAGUCACCGAAGAGGACAUUGCCAAGUUUAAUAACAGGAUCAGAAAUAUACUUAUGAGUUCGGGGUCGACGACCUUCACCAAGAUUGCGAAUAAGUGGAACACCAGUCUGAUCGCCCUCUUCACUUACUACCGGGAGGCUGCAGUCUCCACAGUCGCGCUUCUCGAUACAAUCGUGAAGUGUGAGACGAAGAUCCAGACCCGGGUAAAGAUUGGACUGAAUUCGAAGAUGCCAUCCCGUUUCCCACCUGCUGUUUUCUAUACACCCAAGGAGCUCGGUGGGUUGGGUAUGAUUUCAGGCUCUCAUAUCUUAAUACCUACUUCAGAUAAAAGAUGGGCGUCCCAAACCGACACUGGCAUCACUCAUUAUCGCUCAGGCAUGACUCAUGAUGAGGAAACCCUUAUUCCCAACAUCUUCCGCUACAUCAUUCCUUGGGAGGCGGAGUUCAUCGACUCGCAGCGCGUCUGGACUGAAUACUCCCAGAAGCGCCUCGAGGCCAACCAACAAAACCGAAGACUCACACUCGAGGACCUCGAGGACUCUUGGGACCGCGGUCUGCCACGUAUCAACACCCUUUUCCAAAAGGACCGGAGCACGCUCAGCUUCGACAAGGGUUUUCGAGCUCGAACCGAGUUCAAGACAUACCAACUGAUGAAGUCUAAUCCUUUCUGGUGGACAAGUCAGCGUCAUGACGGAAAGCUCUGGAAUUUGAAUCAACUACGAUCAGAUACUAUCCAGGCGCUUGGUGGAGUUGAAACUAUCCUCGAGCACACCCUGUUCAAGGCGACAGCAUUCCCAUCUUGGGAAGGUUUGUUCUGGGAGAAAGCAUCCGGUUUUGAGGAAUCGAUGAAGUUCAAGAAACUCACCAACGCCCAGAGAUCCGGUCUAAACCAGAUCCCAAACAGACGCUUCACUCUUUGGUGGAGUCCUACGAUCAAUCGAGCAAAUGUCUACGUCGGCUUCCAGGUGCAACUUGACUUGACUGGUAUAUUUCUACAUGGAAAGAUACCAACACUCAAAAUCAGUUUGAUUCAAAUUUUCCGCGCCCAUCUCUGGCAGAAGAUUCAUGAGUCCGUAGUGAUGGAUUUGUGCCAAGUUUUUGACCAAGAACUUGAACAGUUGGGGAUUGAAACCGUUCAGAAGGAGACUAUACACCCCCGGAAGUCGUACAAAAUGAAUUCGAGCGCAGCAGACAUUUUACUUUUUGCCAGUCACAAGUGGAAUGUUACUCGCCCUUCAAUCCUCUUCGACACCAAGGAUGUCAUUGAGCCAACCACCACAAACAAAUUCUGGGUCGACGUUCAAUUACGCUAUGGAGAUUAUGAUUCUCAUGAUAUAGAACGCUACACCCGCGCCAAGUAUCUGGACUACACCACGGAUUCUAUGAGUAUCUACCCAUCCGCCACUGGUCUCAUGAUCGGUAUCGACCUUGCUUACAAUCUCUACUCUGCAUAUGGACAAUACUUCCCUGGUCUCAAAGCCCUGAUUCAACAGGCCAUGGCAAAAAUUAUGAAGGCCAAUCCUGCAUUGUACGUCCUGCGAGAGAGAAUCCGCAAGGGUCUUCAGCUCUACGCAAGUGAGAGCAACCAAGAGUUCCUCAAUUCGCAAAACUACUCCGAACUCUUCAGCAACCAGAUUCAACUGUUUAUCGACGACACGAAUGUCUAUCGUGUGACGAUUCACAAGACUUUCGAAGGAAACUUGACGACAAAACCAAUCAAUGGUGCUAUCCUAAUUUUCAAUCCGCGUACUGGUCAGCUCUUCCUCAAAAUCAUCCACACGAGUGUCUGGGCUGGUCAGAAGCGUCUUGGACAGUUGGCAAAGUGGAAGACUGCUGAAGAAGUUGCCGCCCUCAUACGAUCUUUGCCCGUGGAAGAACAGCCUAAGCAGUUGAUCGUCACCCGAAAGGGACUUCUUGAUCCGCUCGAAGUCCACUUGCUCGAUUUUCCCAACAUCUCGAUCCGUGCGUCUGAGUUGCAGCUUCCAUUCCAGGCGGCAAUGAAGGUCGAGAAGCUGGGUGACAUGAUUCUCCGGGCUACCGAGCCUCAGAUGGUGCUGUUCAACCUGUACGAUGAAUGGCUAAAGUCCAUCUCUUCAUACACAGCUUUCUCGCGUCUCAUUCUGAUUCUUCGUGCUUUGCAUGUGAACCAAGAUAAGACCAAGCUGCUCCUGAGACCAGACAAGACAGUCAUCACACAAGAACACCACAUCUGGCCCACGCUGUCCGAUGAAGAUUGGAUCAAGGUCGAGACACAACUACGGGAUCUCAUCUUGAACGACUACGGCAAGAAGAACAACGUCAAUACAUCCAGUUUGACGAGUAGCGAGGUACGAGAUAUCAUUCUUGGAAUGGAAAUCAGUGCGCCAUCGAUGCAACGUCAACAAGCCGCCGAGAUUGAGAAGCAGCAGCAAGAGCAACAGCAACUCACAGCUGUCACCACCAAGACCCAGAACGUCCACGGCGAGGACAUCAUUGUCACGACAACUUCCCAAUUCGAGCAGCAAACCUUUGCAUCGAAGACGGAAUGGCGGACUCGUGCCAUUGCGACAUCGAAUCUUCGAACUCGGGCGAACAACAUCUACAUUUCAUCUGAUGAUAUCAAAGAGGACGAUCACUUUACUUACAUCAUGCCGAAGAACGUACUCAAACGAUUCAUCACUAUCGCCGAUCUCCGCGUACAAGUCGCUGGUUAUCUGUACGGGUCGUCUCCUCCCGAUAAUGACCAAGUCAAGGAGAUCCGAUGUAUUGUCAUGGUACCUCAAAUCGGAAGCACACGCGAUAUCCAACUACCUCAGCAACUUCCACAGCAUGAAUACCUGGAGCAAUUGGAGCCGCUGGGAAUUAUCCACACCGUGUCCGGAAACGAUCCGCCUUACAUGAGUGCCAUGGAUGUCACUCAACAUGCUCGCCUCAUGAACGCGCACAAGUCAUGGGACAAGAAGACGAUUAGCAUGACGGUUUCUUUCACGCCUGGUAGUGUAUCUCUCUCCUCGUGGGCUCUUACUCCGAGUGGCUACAAAUGGGGUGCUGAGAACAAGGACAUGGGCAGCGAUCAACCCCAAGGGUUCACCACGAGCAUGGGAGAGAAGUGCCAGCUUCUGCUGAGUGACAAGAUACGAGGUUACUUCUUGGUACCAGAGAACAACUACUGGAACUACAGCUUUAUGGGAAGCGCAUUCGGAAGUAUUGAGAAGAAGCCGGUGCACGUUAAGAUCGACACGCCGCUGCCGUUCUACAGUGAACAGCACCGACCUAUCCACUUUCAGAGUUUUGCAGAGAUGGAGGAUCUCUGGGCCGACCAUGAUGAUAAUUUCGCAUGA